AGAGUGGGCUUUCCUUUUGUGGUGCUUAUUAUUGCUCCCUCUCCCCCCUUCACUCUUUCUCCCUAUAAGAAAUAUAUCUCAUCAUCAAAAGACUGAAAGAGAAUACACAUACAUUAUUGUCAAACACUUCUUUUUUCUUCUUCUAAACAUUUUUUCUUCUUCUAAUUAUAUAAAAAUCCAAAUGUCUGAAAAAGGGUAUGGGAUAUACAGCAAAGGAAGCAGUGGAUGGACAUCAUUCAAGAAGGAAGAGCUUCAGGAAGGGGAUGUUUGGGAUGGGCUCCAAGAAAGAGAAGAAUUCAGCUCAAGAUUGAUCACCACUUCAGCACCAGCCAAACAUGCCCCAAUCCCAAUCACCAAAUCAUCAUCAUCAUCAUCCAAGAGCAGAACAGCUUCUGCUCCUGUCCACAUACCAGACUGGUCAAAAAUCUAUGGAGGCUCUUCAUAUUCUGCAGUGGAGGGUUCUGUGAAGAGCUGGGGAGCUGGUGAAGAAGAUGAAGACGAAGAAGAAGAAGAAGAAGAAGAAGAAGAAGAAGAAAUUGAGCCUCCACAUGAAUGGCUGGCCAAGAAGUAUGCAAGGGAUCAUAAGAUUUCUUCCUUCUCUGUUUGUGAAGGGGUUGGAAGGACUUUGAAAGGAAGGGAUAUUAGCAGAGUUAGGAAUGCUGUCUUGACCAAAACUGGUUUUCUUGAGUAAUUAAUUAGGUACUAUUCUAGGGGCAUAAUUGUCUUUCUAUUUUCUCUCUAUAAUUAUUUCUUAGAUCCUUUCACUCCUAAAAAGUAGUUAUCUGUUUCUCCACGAAAUGUAAUGAAAAUGUAUGAUAAAU